AGGGUGUCCCUGUGAAGAGAUUCUCAUGUCUCACCGAUCUAAUGUUAAACUAUCAGCAACCCUUUCAAGGGCUGGUCACACCACUGCAAUAUCCAGUGGAGAGAGAAAACGAAAAAGAGAUGUUGGAUGAUUUUUCAGAUGGUGAGGAUGAGAAACCAGCCUUGCCUCCUCGUCCAUUGAAUACCUCCAUCACUUCCCCAGAAGCAAAAAACACCUUAACUCAACAGCUACAGGAACGUUUACAGGAGGCAUCGUUGAAAAGUGAGUAUGCUCCUUUGCUGAGUGACUACUUGAAGAUGAGCUUUCACAAGGACCUUGAUGCUAUUGGUGCAGGGAACAUGACACUGUUACAUCUCAACAAAACCAUGAUGAGGUUAUGCAAAGACCUAGACAGGGAGAUAGAUCUGGUGUCCACCAACCUUGAGGCAAUAGUGCAAGUGUUUGCCGGGAAUACCCAUUGCAACACAGUCAAAAAAGAGGAGCCUCUCAGUCCAAGUGGUUCUAAUGAGCUGGAAGUCCUCAUCAAUAAAAUUAAAAAUCUGAGCAAUUUGCUGCCAAACAUGGAAGAAAGGGUGUGGAAGGGUUUGCAGCAGAUGAUGGUCACACACAGGGUGGAAUUACCUGCUCACUUAACUUCUCCUGAAAACAAUGGCAGGAAUGCAUCUAAACCUAUCCCAAUUCAGAGCUUUGAGGUAAAGCUUGGAAAAACUCAGAAAUAUACGUUGAGUGUUGACGUGGAUGGGGGGAAGCUUCAAAUCUCGAAGAAAGCUGCUGGUUCACCCGAGGAAUCUAUUUUGUACGAUAAAAUUUUGCAAUUGGUUAAAUAUCAGAGCACGCCAAACACACUACAGAUUGUGACUGACAAAGAAAAUCAGAAAAAUCAGCAGAGGGAUUUCAUUUUUGAAAAUGCAAGGAAGCGUGAAGCUUUCUGCCAGCUCCUUCAGCUGAUGAAGAACAUACACUCUCAGCAGGAUGAACCAGACAUGAUAUCGAUCUUCAUUGGAACCUGGAACAUGGGUGCUGCUAAUCCUCCAAAAAGCAUUGCUUCUUGGCUGAUGUCAAAAGGUCUUGGGCGUACAAGAGAUGAAACAACAGCCACUAUACCCCAUGAUAUCUAUGUGAUUGGGACCCAGGAAAACUCGCUAGGCGACAAGGAAUGGGUGGAUUUCCUGAGAGCUGGGAUAAAAGAUGUAACAGAGUUGGACUUCAAAGUGGUUGCCACACAUUCACUAUGGAGUAUUAAAAUUGCAGUGUUGAUCAAACCAGACCAUGAGAACCGAGUCAGUCACAUCAAUAUGUCCAGUGUUAAAACGGGAAUAGCAAAUACAUUUGGUAAUAAAGGUGCCGUUGGAGUUUCAUUCUUAUUUAAUGGAACGUCCCUGGGUUUUGUCAACUGUCACUUGACAUCUGGUAGUGAAAAAGUCCUCAGGCGAAACCAGAAUUACUUGGACAUACUCCGUUUGUUAUCAUUGGGGGAUAAGCAGCUCAGCUCGUUUGAUAUUGCUCUACGCUUCACUCAUAUUUUCUGGUUUGGAGAUCUUAAUUAUCGUCUGGAUAUGGACAUCCAGGAUAUUUUAAGUCACAUCAGCAAAAAGGAGUUUGAGCCAUUACUGAGUGUAGACCAACUGAACUUGGAGCAAGAGAAAAGAAAGGUGUUUCUGAAAUUCUGUGAGGAAGAAAUCACUUUCCCUCCUACCUAUCGAUACGAGCGAAAUACCAGAGACAUUUACUCGUGGCAAAAACAUAAAACCACUGGGAUAAGAAUAAAUGUUCCUUCUUGGUGUGAUAGGGUCCUAUGGAAAUCCUACCCAGAGACAUAUAACCAAUGCACCUCAUAUGGUUGCACUGAUGAUAUUAUGACCAGCGACCACUCACCUGUCUUUUCCACGUUUGAAAUUGGGGUAACUUCCCAGUUUGUGUCUAAAAAAGGUCCUGGUAACAGCUCCGGGCAGGCCUGUAUUGAGUUUGAACUUAUUGAAGCCAUUGUGAAGACAACAUGCAAAACAAAAUUUUUCAUUGAAUUUCACUCAAGCUGUCUGGAAGAAUUUAAGAAAAGUUUGGAUAAUGCUUUGCAGAUCUUGAUUAAACAUGGAUUCCUGAGAGUUCAGUGGUCUGCACACCAGUUGCCAAUGUUGUCUCCAAUUCUGUCUGAUAUUGAGUACCUACAAGACCAACACCUCCUGCUGACCAUCAAAUCCACAGAUGGAUAUGAAUCCUAUGGAGAGUGUUGUAUCGCACUGAAGUCCCUGAUUGGAAACACACCACAGACGUUUGAGACAGGUCUGUCGCACCUGGGAGAUGAGUCAGGAUCUAUCCGUGUCACUAUGAGGGUUGUUGUGCCUGCUGAACGCAAACGAACUCGGGAACGUCUUUAUGAGUGGAUAAGUUCAGAAAGAGAUGGCACCCAGCUCCCAAAAGAUAAAGGCAUAUCUUCCAAACCAAUCCAGGAGUACCCUGGAGGCAGUGAGAAAAAAUAUGGUCAGAAUUCAGCUUUCUCUGAAGUCAUCAGUUCGAUGUUUUCCAAUUGGCCUGACGAUGGCUCUCAUCCUGGGAAUACUGGUGCAGGAAUUAAAGGGAAGAGCAAUGAGGAGGCCAUUCAAUCAAGGAUGAAACAAAGUAUCCCUGCAGAAGAUGAGUCCUAUUUGAACAGUUACAACAACCCAGCCUACUUUGUACUUGAAGGAGUUCCUUACCCCCAGUCUGGAACGGGCAGUCAGGAAAAUGCAGGGAUUUCAGUGUCAAGAACAAUUCCUAGGAAUAAGCCACAACCACCUCCUCCAACAGUGAUGGAGAAACCGAGGGACCCGUCCUUCCGACACUUGAACUGUGAAAGCAGUUCCUCAGACCAUGAAGGCCUGCGCGGCCCUUAUGAUCAGUCCCAGCACGCUUUCCCCAAAGCGAUGGAGGUCGAAAUGCAGAACAACCCACUUUAUGCCAGUUCAGCCGAUGUUUGGGGUAAAGCUCACCAGGCUGCGCCAUCCAAAAAUAACCAAGAGUGGCACAAGCCUACAAUGUCAACCAGGGAUUCCCAAGAAUUCAAGGCCCCUACCACAGCACCCAGGAGCUUCUCCAGGCCUCAGCUGGCAGGGAAGAGUGGGGCUCAAGCGUCACUGAUCAAUGAGGUCCGAGACAAACUCUCCGAAAGAAAGACGGAUGACUUCCAUGCGGCAAAAUCGCUGAGCGGCAAGGACCGCCAGGCAAACAGGUGUGAGCUCCCCCUUCCUGUUCGAGAACGGCCAACAGUGAGUCCUCGGUUACCAGCAAGAAACAAAGCAACAGCAGAGUUUCAACCCCGGCCUACACGACUGGACAUGCCUCCACCACUGCCUGUCAAGAGCAGAACACUGGAGACUGGGAACUUCGACAAUCGGUGCCACUCAGGUACCCUAUCUGAGUUCCUGAAGCACUUGGGUUUGGAAAAAUAUGAAGCAGGUUUGAUUGAGAACGGAUGGGAUAAAUUGGAAUACUGGAGCGGCAUUGCUGAAGAGGACUUGGUGGAAGCUGGUGUCACUGACCCCCUUCACAGGAAGUUGCUUCUGGAAAUAACUUCCCAACAGAAGCCUUGACAAACAAGCCAGGCAAGACAGAAAGCAGGGAAAGACUCAAGAUGUACUUUAUCCUUAAUCUCACUUCAGAAAUGAUUCUUAACUGAUUAAAGAAGAACAUUGUAUAAAUGUCAAAUCAAAGCAUAUCCUGAUAGUCCGUUGACAUGUUUGGAAGAAACUGCGGGGUUAACAUUCAAUCAAGCUUCCAGCAUAACUCUGGCAGAGGGAUCGGGAGGAAAACAGCAACAACCCCAUUGUAUACACUUGUAUAUACACUUUACAACACAGAUGAUAGCUAGGGAUCAGAACCAGGGAUUUAAUCUGGGACUCAAGUUUCCCCAGGUGGAAAUGGAACCCAGUGUUGGCAGACAUUAAGGCCUGGAAAUCUGAUGGUUUUACUUGCGUUUUUCAAGCUCAGGAACACCAACAAAUAUGACUGGCAAGAAACCCACACUCGUUACAAGCCAGAAGCUUCAGCAUCUGCCAAAAGGGUAUGGUAUAGUCAACAGAAAAUGGGGCCAAGGGCACAUGCCUGAAACAGACCCUUUGCAUAAGAAAAUGAGGAGUUUAAGUCCUGCCUAUCCGGGGCCUCCUCUAGAAAAUUGAUUUACUGUGAACACAGUGAGCACUGGUUUAGCUGUGUUCAAGAAAUCCUGGUUUGCACACAACCUGUGCCGCAAUAUUUGAUGAGACUACCGCAGGCUGCUUUCAAAAAGAUGUUACUUUCUUGAGUAUAGGUCAACAGGAGGAAAGAGAAUGAAUUGUACACUCUUUCUAGAUCCCACCUGACAUUCUUGUCAUUGAAAUUAAGGGAUUAAGAAACUGACGGGUUUGGAAUAGACAGAGCAGACCAGGCAGAGUUAAGAUCAGGUGUUCUGGCUCUCCAGAUACUUUAGAAAAGCAACAUUGAAUUUGAGAGACAAAAAAGAAACUUGUGAAAUAUUCACACCAUUGCACGAAGACCAAAGUGAGAAAAGCCGUGCAUUCAGAAAAAUAAUCCUUUGAUUUAUAUUGUUGCUGUAAAUUUACAUUUCAUUUUCUGAAUGGAAUCCGUUGUUUGAGAUUACAUACAAGCUCUGAAAGGGUUAAAUUGAAUUGGGCCAUCAUGCUAUUUACGUAAGACCUACACCGAACUACGAAGCCUUUGAAUCCUACAGAGCAAUGGACACCUAUCAUGAGCCUGAAAAGUGGCAAGUUCAUGAUAUAGAUUUUGACCGCUUUCUUGUAAACUUGUACUGCCAUGUCACCAUGAACGUAUGAGCAAUAAUGCACUUCAUUGCCGGAAUUUUAUAAAGAUGAUAUUCGUCUAAAAAAAGCUUAUUAUUAUUGAUUGUUGCACACUGUAUAGGUUUUUUGAAUGUCUGAUUUUAAUAUAUGUUAUGUAUUGAAAGCUUACUUGAGGUUUGUCAUUGAUAGCAGUCCACUCAUCAGUUUAAUUUAGUAAUUUCUUUAGACUUUUUAAAAUUGACAUUGCUUGGAGUUCUGAUGUGCAUAUAAAUAUGUUGAGAAUAAAAAAUUUUUUUUUGGGAACAUG